AUGCAACUCAAUGUGACCAUUCCGGUGACUCUCACCAGAACAACAAUAUACGUGUUGAUUCUGGUGGUGGCCACCACAUUCGUGUUGCUGCCAUGGUCUGUGAUUAUGUACCUUCGGUUCUACCAGUACCUUAUUCCGAUCCCGGAGGUUGCAAUCCCGCUGAAAUUCGAUUAUAGACUUCACAAGCAUGGAGCUUUUUCGAUUCUGAAUUUUGGUGAUGUUGUGGAAGAAAUGCGUUCCAAGGGUGGUGAUGUUGAUGUCGGUAAGAUGUCUUAUGAAAUCGCAUUAGACUUCACCAGCUGGUGCGACUUAAAGGUCCAGUCAAUCUCAGACUUUGCAGAGACUGACUCAGCAUCUCUAAGCGAUCUCUCGUUCAAAACUGUCGGGGUCAAGAUCAGCAUUGUUCGCGAUAAUACUUUAAACCACCAACUGAAGCCGUUUGAGCUAGACGUCAGUAAGAGCGCACUUUUCAAAUCAAAAUUCGCACAUGUCUGGCCAAUCACGAACCGCGACGAAACCCCAGCUCGCUUUGGGGAGAAGUCUUUUCCUUUAUCUCCUAAUUGGAAUUAUUUCAAUGCACAAAACCAGUUUAGUACCUCGGGGGUACUGCUAUCCGAGUCAGCAUGGUUCCCCCAGAAAUGCAUAGGCAAUCUCAAGGAUACCUCCCACGGGGAGGAAUUCGGCUGGAUUCCGCCAGUUCUGCGCCCGUUUAUGCCGCCUGUAUUUACGCGAUACUUUUCCUCGAGUAUAAACCGUGGUGUCGAGAAUCUUGGCACUAAACACGCUCUCGUGCUCGUUCCUUGCUUCCAAGUGGGCCACAGUCUCAGCCAAACGAAUAUCGCCAAUUUGCGGAACUCCAAACUGGUUCUUGAAUUCAAUACGCCCUCUUUGAUGGUGCUGAACGAACCGCAAACUGCUUUGCUAACUUUUAAGGUCAAAUGGUCCGGAUUCCGCCAGUUUGUGUUUGAACAUCGCGUUCUCAGUCUGCUGAUGGGAGUAGCACUGUUCUGGGGGGUCAGCAGCUCUACGUGUGUUAUAGUGGCCGUUUUCAUGUGGUAUUAUCUUACUUCGCAGAUGGACCAACCUACUGUAACCAAAAAGCCUAUUAUCAAUAAGGAACCAGAAAUCAAGAAAGAGCCAGGCAUUAAACAGGAAGGCAUGUUUGACACUUUAGACUCGCUUCUGGACCAGAGAUGA